AUGGAUCCAUUUCUAAAAAUCUAAACCCCUUAAAAAUCAAUCAUAAGAAUAAUUCUAGACAGUUUGAUUGUGUUUGUUAAAUUACCUUUAUUUGCUAUCUUGAUAUUAGAAAUAGUAAUCAUGAAUGAUUAUAUAUUUCGCUAAAUACAAAGACUAUAAUUUCACAUUGUAUUUCAUAAAUUUUUAAGAAUUAUAAUCUUAGUUCACAAUUAUAUAAGUGGAAGAUUAUUAUUGUUAGUUUUAGGAUACUUUAAAUAUAAAUCACUUUUUCAUAACAAUACUUCAAAUUUUAAACAUGUAAACUUAUAAUCAUAUUGUUUUUAUUGUUUAAGAACUUCUCCUAUAGAUGUCCUUGUUUUUAUCACAUAGUAAUAUAUUUUAUAACUUAGUUUUUCUCCAUCAUUUACUCAUAUUUCAAUUUAAAAAGAUAAAGUUAAGUGCAAAAUUAUAAGUUAUGGAAGGGCCAUUUUAGAAUCAUUUUACAUAAAUAAAUGCAGUUUUAAGGAUUUUACCGAUGGAGAAAAUAUAAAAGAUUUAAUGAUUUAGAUUAGAAAAACAAGGACUGGUCCUUUGAUAGUAUUUUGGGAGGGAGGAAUAACAAAUGGGUACUCUUUCUUAAAAAUUGAUUAAACAAUUAUUAAUGAAAUUUAUAAUAUCAAUAGUUUUGCUAAGGAACCAUUAUAGAAAUCUCAUUAUUUGAACUAAAAUCCUUAAGGGAUUGUAUGUUUGUAGAAUGAUGAUAGAAUGAAUUUGAUAGGAAAUAGUCCAAUUUAAAUGCUAAUUACAAUUUUAAUAAAUUAAUUUUGUAGUUUAGAGAUGUUCUUCUUAAAAUUUUAACCAUAUAAUUUUAUAGAUCAUCUUCCUGAUAUUUAUUAAGGUUUUAUUGAAGGUAGAAUAAAGAGAGUAAUAGUAUAAUAUUUUCACAUAAUUAGAGCGAUUAUUCAUGGAUACAUUAUCGAUAGUAAUUCAUUUAAUAGAAUAUGUGA